AGUACAUAUUUUCCAGCUAGGACAGUGAUGCAGUAGAUUAAACAGUCCUUCAUUGCACUCUGGAACGCUUUGAGAUGCUUUGUGGUCAUAUGCAUCCCCAAAGGUUGUUUGCGUGAUCACACUGGACACCUGUAAUUUACACCUUUUACUUAGCACUUAUGAUCGGACCCAGGACGCCAGGUAAGAACGUAGCCUUCUACGAGCUGGAAGAGGUGUUUUAGAGCAGUGAACUCUUGAGGCUAAGCAGGUCUCCAGGACUGUAGGGACGUUUAUUUCCAAGAUAUUCCAGCUGGGUCCGGGGUUCGAUUCCCGCCGGGGCCAUGUGUGUGCAGAGUUUGCAUGUUCUCCCCGUGCUGUGGGGGUUUCCUCCGGGUACUCUGGUUUCCUCCCCCAGUCCAAAGACAUGCAUGGUAGACUGAUUGGCAUGUCUAAAGUGCCCGUAGUGUAUGAAUGGGUGUGUGAGUGUGUAUGUGAUUGUGCCCUGCGAUGGAUUGGCACCCUGUCCAGGGUGUACCCCACCUUGUGCCCGAUGCUGCCUGGGAUAGGCUCCAGGUUCCCCUGCGACCCUGAAGAAGGAGUAAGCGGUAGAAGAUGGAUGGAUGGAUGGAUAUUCCAGCUGAAGAUGUCUGAUUUGGAGAACCAAGAAACCUGUAACUUUAUAUAUGUGGAUAUAAGACUCGGCUUAUGCUGAAGCUUUUAGAAAUCCCCGUGGCUGAUGGAUACUACAUGGAUUUAGAGAGCUAUAAAGUUUGAGGAUAUCCAAUAAUCAGCUUACAUCAGGGUAUGUGAGGGUAAGAGUAUGUCUAUUCUUUUAUUUGCAGAUUCGUGAGAGCAGCCAUGCCUAUCCAUCCUCCUCCUCCUCCUCAUCCUCCUCCUCCUCCACCAGCACCACCUCCACCACCUCCACCAGCUGUCCUACAGCCCCAAACUGAGCCUCCGAAACUCCAGUGCAGUGAAGGAGGCCGCAGCGCACUACUCUCAGACAUUCGGAAGGGAGCCAGACUGAAAAAGGUGACGCAGGUCAAUGACCGCAGUGCUCCCGCCCUCAACAAGCCCAGAGUGCACAGUGUGGAUGGUAAUAGUGGAGCAGGCGGAAGCACCAGUGCCACACCGACACAAGGACCUACUCUGAGUGGACUUUUUGCUGGAGGAUUUCCUGUCCUCCGGCCUGUUGGACAGAGAGACAAGAACCGUCCAGUGACUCGGUCCGGUUCUACUGCCAGCCUGAAGCAGCCUCUGUGGAACCUGCCAUCUCAGGGGGAGAGUUUCAGGGGUAGCACUCCAGAUCUCUCUCCUUCAUGCAGACCUUUAGAAAGGACCUCUUCUCUAUCUAAAAGACGUCCUGUUUCUUCCUACACGGCCCCACCUUCCCCCAGCCAACCCACUCCCCCAAGUUUUAAACCUCUAUCCUGUCCUCCCACUAUGACUCCUCCUCCUCCACCUCCAUCACUGCUUCAUCAGGAGCAUGCAAGUAACAAGCCACCUCCUCUCUCUACCUGUCCUCCUCCUCCUCCUCCUCCUCCUCAAAUCACCAAACCCACGUGGUUGCCGGUUCAAUCUCACUCCAUUCCCAUGCCCACAGUUCCGCCUCCACCCCCACCUCCCUUGGUCCCACCUUCCUCUCUUUCUGAUAGGUUCUACCCUCUGCCUCCUUCUCCAAAACCAAUAGAUGCUAAGUUUGGCAACUUCAUGGACAGUCCUCCUCCUUUCCCUGUGUUUUUUACACCAAGUCUUCCUGCAUCUGUGCCCCCUCCCCCACUUCCGCCGCCACCUAAAGCUCCCGCGAUGUCCACGUACCGGCCUGCAGUUCCUCUGCUGCCUCCCUCUUACCCCUGCACGGCCCCCAGCCGGAAACCUCCUGCAGUACCUGGAAGUGCAGGUGCUGGUCGGUUGGCUCCUCCCCCUGCUCCACCGGCUCGUUCUCCUAACACCGAGUUGUCCAGCAGAAUCCCGCCCCCUCUCCCACCUCUGCCCCCGGCUCCGCCCGUCUCCAUGAGGAACGGACACCUGAACAGCUUUGAUGACUUUGAAUCCAAGUUUCAGUUCCACCCAGUGGAAGAUUUCCCUCCUCCUGAAGUGUUCAGGCCCUUUCCGCGAGCAUACCCAAGCAAAGAGAACAGAGUGUCAUCACAAGCUCCUGGCAUCACCAGGACCCACCUAAGAUGAGACGAUCGGAUCCACGUUUCUCUCGUUAUCGCCAUCUUUGCUGAUGAUGAUGAGGAGAACAAAGGCCCAGCUUUGGUCCACCUCAGGCCCUCAGGAUACACACUCCAGUCGAACCUCAGAACCGUGUAGAAUCCUAACCUUGAACUGAAAAUGCUCACCAGACUGUGUUAUGGUAAAGAGUUGGAACUCCUUCGCUUUACUGCAGUCAGUAUACGUUCUUACGUUCAUAAAUAACUCUGCUUUACGCUUACACUUCCCCCCCCCAGACGUUACCCUCAGUCUAAUCUAGUAAUUCCAAGAGAUAAAGAGUGUAUGGGUCAGAAAAAGAAAAAGCCGGAGCUUAGUUCACGCCUGCAGUUGCAGUAUGCUGUCUGACCUACUGACUUACUGUUAUUUCACACGACCUUAUUCACAAAGCCCAAGUUCACAUCCAAACAGAACGCUGGCUAACAAUCUACUCCACAGUGUGAUAAUGUAUGAAAUAUGAGCUCAGUAGCUUUUAUUAGACGUUCACAUGCGCUUCAUAUUCAGAUUAUACAGUUUAUCACUGGGUUUUGUCUGUGCCACUUUAGGACAGUUUUAUUUAUAAUAUAUAUGUGU